GACAACGCGACGCUGAGCGCGCUGCGCCACGGCGCCUCCCUCAGCCGCGACGAGAUGGUGCAGCGCCUGCUGCAGAACCGGCCGCUGCCCGCAGAGCUCGACCUGCUGAGUCGCCAGCUGGGCAGAGUGAACAAGUCGGCCCCGGAGGACGAGUUCGGGCGCUGGAAGCAGCAGAUGGAGCGGCUGCGGUCGGGCCCGCGCGUCGCCGUGGCGCCCUCGCCGCCCCCGGCGCAGCCGCCGCAGAGGUUCCGGCCGUACGCGCUGCUGGCCGGGGAGCCGCCGUCGGCGCCGGCGGCGGCAGCGGCGCCGUGGGCCACAGACAGGGCGGGCGCCAGGCUGCCCGUCUUCGACUACCACCGGCAGCCGCCCGCCGGCAAGGGGCCCUUCGCUUCCGUCACCGUGCCCAGCUCGACUGACCAGCUGCGCGGCGAGGAGUUCCCGACGGGGAGGCUGGUGCGCAUGCGCGACCCGCUGGAGCAGCAGCUGGUUGACAUGGCGACGAGCGCUGAGCGGCAGAGUCUUCUGCGUCGACGGCCGCUGGCCGCUUGGGGGCGGCAGGGCGGCGUGGGCGCGCUGCAGGCCGACCCGGGCCCUCCGCAGGAGCGGUUCAUGACGCUGUCCGAUAUCGAGCAGCAGCUGCGCUACCACACGCAGCAGACCAAUCGUCUGCGCAAGAUCCUCAACGCCGCCGGCCCGCGCCGAGCCUGAGGGGACCAGCCUCGCCCUGCUCUCUGCGACCCCCCAAACCCACCCAUUUCCCCCUAUGCUUGCCCCUACCCUGUAGACUGUAGACGUCUCUACGUGGAGCGCACGUUCCCCUAACUGAAUGUGAUAUUUUUAACGAGGAUAAAAGUACUUCACGUAUUUAUUAAAACAGAAAAAGCAUUGUUUUGCCAGUGUAUAUUGAUGUUGCUACUCCCUCCAUAACUGUACUGAUGUUUGUAAUGAAGAUGUUGCUACUCUGAAUUUCACCUUUUAAUAUGACUUUUUAUAAUGUGGAGAACUGAGCUAUAUUUAAUGUUCUAAGCUAAAGAUAUGUCUAUAUAUUUUAGCAGUACAUGUAGCAUCUGUAUCUGUAGCGUCGAUGUUAAGUGUGGUAAUGUUUGUACUCGGAGCGAACAUAAUAAUAAACUGUGUAACUG